CGUAGCAGUAUUUUCUUUUAUCUAAUCGUACGUACCUCACAUCACGAGUGAGUGCCAYAGUACGAGUACGCACGGUGCGAUCGACCCUGCUGGAUGCAUCGCUCCAGUCGAUCACAAACUUCUGUAGUAUCACGAUGGUCCAAGUCGUUCAAGUAGUCCUCAAGUGGUCGAAAGAGGUCAUCGAAUUUGAGAUCGAAGUACCGACCACACCCAACUCGUUCACGGGGAGAUCAUUCAAGGACAGGGUGCACUCCCUCACGAAGGUUCCGGUUGAUCGUCAAAAGAUUGUCGUCGCAAAGACCAAGUCCAAACCGACUCCAUCGGGAACCGGAAAAACCAAGAACCCAAUAAAAUGGUGGAAAGGUAUUCUMAAAGACGACUUUGAUUUUGCGUCUGCGAUUGYAGCAUCGAUUAAUACUGAUAAUUCGACAAGGAUAGAAUUGARGUUAACGCUAAUGGGAACAGCCGAAGUGUUGGAAUCCAACAGCAACAGGGAGAAAACAAAAUUUAUCGAAGACAUGUCAYUAUCCGAAAAGAAAGAAGCGGAGCAAAGGGAAUGGAUGAACUCUAUGGAAAGCGUGGCGGCGAUGAUCCCAGCCCUUCAGGUCCCGCCACUGGACCGGCAGCCCCCGGGGAAUACAAACGGCGAUGGCAAUGGCAACAGCAGCGGGGAUCCCAUGCAAUCGUCCCCCCCCACGAUUGUCAGCGAAUUCACGGAAUCCCGMGCCUACGAUCGAUUGGUGCACGGAUAUUCCCAGCUGCGCAUCGACGCCCUUCUUCGGGAGCAGACCCGAGGCGAUCUACCAGGUGCCGACGCGGAAGAGCCGGGGRGCCYGUCRACACCCCGAUUGCACGGGCGCCCMGUCAUGACGAUGGGACUGGAACUUCAGCGCGCCUACGUAAACGACCUUGCCGUAUUGAAGGAUGGAACCCUGGUGAGUGCCUUGGACGAUGGYCACGUCCAAUUGUGGAAACACUGCCGUCGAAUCUGUGACAUCGUGCACAAGCCGGGCCAAUUCGGUGGCUCCCAAUUCUUUUCUGGAGUCGACAGCGUCCUGGCUCUGGACGACAGCAACUCGCCAUCAUCGCCGUUUGCCUUUUGCACGGCAGGAAUGGGCACCGUUCGGGUGUGGGACAGCGAUGGGGAUGCCCUGUUGGGCCUGGUCCCGUCGCCGCUUCCCAAUACGAGUCCGACGGGUUUGGUGCGGAUCCCUACCAACAGUCCGGACGCGCUCUGCCUAGCAGCUAGGUUCCGGAUCGCCUGGCCCGCCUCCCGCCGACCGAGACUCGUGCCCCAAGACGAAGCAGGCCGCAGGCGCCUCAUAGAGAUCGAGCGGAGCGAGGCAGAGAUGAACGAUGCACUGACGGGCAUGUCGAAAACGGUUCAGGUUUUCUUUAGCGACGGUGGCAGCAAAACACAAGGGGUCAAAAAUUUCUUUUUGACCGCACCGGCUCCUGUUACGGCACUGGCAUCAUGGAAACAAGGASAUGAUUCUAUCCUAGCUGUAGGGGACACCCAGGGCGGGAUUACGCUGCAAAAAAUAGCCACGUCGGAGCCGGGAUCGAACGGGAGWCAAGCUAACAUUUCAAACAACAAAAACAACAGCACACUCCGGAUUCAGGAACUACGACGCAUACAGUUUGCAUCGUCCGAAAACGCAUCCGAGACGUGUUCUUCUAUCGUCUACCUACAGUAUAUGGCCGAAACCAAACASUUACUGGUAUCGACCAAGGAGAUUCAGCUCACCGCUCUCACCAACCCAUCGUCGAACAUCCCAAUCCCAAUAUUGACCUUGAUUCCGUCUGCGGGUCCUCAAGCGGUGCACUCGAUCGAUAUGGAGGCGGUGUUAUCGGAUGCAACGCCCAGACCGCUCUCAUCCAAUCCUCUGCUGUUUUCCCUCGCUGGCCACAAGGACGAGGUGCAUUGCAUAAUGUCUCUUCCCAACGGAGAUCUCUUGACGGCUGGCGGAAAACACGAUGCUACCACGCAGAUUUGGUCAMGGUCACAACUCCAGUCGGCAACGACAAGAACCGAAACACCAGCAUCGGWACCCAUUCUGGCGAAAGCAGCAACAGUAAAUCUCUGCAAAGAUGCUGGGUACAUCUUUGCGGCAGAGGUGCUCGAGGAUUUCAAGAGCAAGGGAGAURGUUCGGGGGAUGAACCGAACAAUAAGAAAGAACAAAAGAGCAGUCCUUUCGCUAUCGCAGUAGCUCGUUAUAAYGUUGUGAAGAUAAUAGUAUAGGAAUCUUUUAGGUUGGAAUUUGGAAACAACAAUCUCUAUGUUCAAUGAUUAAGACA